AUUUUACUGAGAAAAUCUGUAGAAAAGCCACUACAGGAGAAUCCCAAUUCUUCUCCUCGGAGAUUUCUAAGUAAAAACCCUAGAAGUAAAAGCCACCACACACACACAUAUAAUAAUAGUGUAUACUCAUCGCUCGUCUCUGUCUUUCUUCUCUUCACUCUGUUGAGAUUUCUUCUUCUCUUCUCAUCUUCCAAGAGAGAGAGAGAGAUGACACUCGUAGAAUCAAAUGCUCCAUUAGCGGAUCCACACAUUGUUGGGAACGCGUUUGUUCAGAAAUACUACAACCACUUGUACGAAUCACCAUCACAAGUGCAUCGGUUCUAUCUCGAGGACAGUGUUUUAGGGAGACCUGGUCCUGAUGGAGAGAUGGUCUCUGUCAACUCCUUAAAAGCUAUUAAUGAGCAGAUCAUGUCCUUUGAUUACGAGAACUCAAAGAUUCAGAUUUUGACUGCUGACUCCCAACCUUCUUACAAGAGUGGAGUUGUUACUUUGGUCACUGGCUUACUCACCGUGAAAGAUGGGGAGAGGAUGAGAUUUUCUCAGUCUUUUUUCCUCGUGCCGCAGAAAGGAAGCUACUUUGUGCUCAACGAUGUGUUUAGGUAUGUCUCUGAUGAGCUUGUUGCUGAACCUGAAGCUAACAAGAAGGAGGUUGGAGAGGUGGAGGUGAUUCCUCAAGUUGCAGAAGCAGUUGCCAUCCCUACUCAACAGACAACUGAAACUUUGGUGAAGGAACCGGCGAGAGCUGUAGAAAAUGUGGAUGCUCCCAAGAAAUCAUUUGCAGUAAUUGUCCAGUCCCCGGCUAAAGUUGGUGCUGCAUUCAACGUCAAAGCUUCUUCUCCUGCAAAGCCUGUUAAGAAGCUGAGCGCUGCUCUUGAGUCCAAAGCUCAUGCGCCUGUUCCCCAAAGCGACCAAUCAGCAGAGGGUGGUUCCAUAUUUGUUGCGAACUUGCCUAUGGAUGCGACACCUGAGCAGCUCAAUGAAACAUUCAAAGGGUUUGGUGUUAUUAGGAAAGACGCUAUCCAAGUUAGAAGUUACAGGCUAAAGGGAAACUGCUUCGGGUUUGUGACAUUUGAAUCCGCUGAAGCAGUGAAGUUGGUCCUCCAGGCUCACAAGGAGUCAGCAAUAAGAAUCGGGAACAGAAGAGUUUCUAUAGAAGAGAAACGAGGCAACAAUGAGAAUGGCAGAUCUUCAAUGAGAAACGGAGGUUAUAGGAGCGAGAACGGUUACAGAAACGACGGGUUUAGGCCUAGGGGUAACGGUUUCAACGGAGGAGGAGGAGGCCAUGGAGGAAAUGGAUAUGAGAGAAGAGGAGAAUCACGCAAUGCUGAGGCCAAUAAUAAUGGUGAUGGCAGCAGAGCUUAUCAGAAUGGUUUGGUGAAAUCUAGCCGUGAAAAUGCUCAAGCCAGAGGCUAAAGAGAGUUUUAAAACUCUGUUGUUGUUGUUGUUUUUGCUUUAUUCAUUUGAAAUUGAGAAUCUGAAAGUUUUUAUAGGAAGAGGAGAGAGGUAGAGAUCAGAAGUUUUGUUGACACUCCUUUCACUUGAGAUUUUGAUAAUUUUUUUAACGCCUGA